AUGCAAGGUCCUAUGGGCAGCCUCGACAACGAGCUGCGAAAGGAGCUCGAGCAGGCAUUGGUGGACGAGAUUGCCAAAAACCUCGGUGACACAAUUGACCAAAUGGGAACCAGCAAUAUUGAAGACGAAGACCUCGGAAAGCUCAUUGCACUUGCUUUUCAGGAAGAAGGCUUCAGCGAGAUUGAGAAGGAGAGUUGGCCUCAAGUUCCACAACUUCCACUUCUACGACCACAACCACCACUAAGCCCAGCACAUCUUCGAGAAGGGUAA